GACUCCCGCGGGUCCGCGCUUCCUCCUACCCGGGCCGGGCGGGGAACGCGGGUCUGGGAACGGAGGUUCAGAAGGCUGCAGCUCGUGCCGACCCGGCAGAAAGCCGCCGGGAGGCCAUGGAGCAGCGCCCGCCGUCGCCGCGCCGCGCGCUCGGGCCGUGGCUGCUGAUGCUCCCGCUGCUGCUGGCGGCGCGGGCCCCGCGCGCCUCCGACAUGCCCGCGCUGUGGCCGCAGCCGCUCUCGGUGAGGAUAUCCCCGCGCCAGCUGCACCUCGCCCCCGAGAACUUCUUCAUCACUUACGGUCCCACGUCCACGGCCGGCCCCUCCUGCUCCCUCCUGGAGGAAGCGUUUCGUCGAUAUUAUGACUAUAUUUUUGGUUUCUACAAAUGGCAUCAUGGCCUUGCUAACAUCCAUACUGGAACAGAGUUAAAGCAACUUCUUGUCACAGUUGUCCUUGAUUCAGAGUGUGAUCUUUUCCCCAGUAUCUCUUCAGAUGAGUCCUAUCAUUUAGUUGUGAAUGGAUCAAUGGCUGUGCUAAAAGCCAACAGAGUGUGGGGAGUUUUACGAGGUUUGGAGACUUUUAGUCAGUUAAUUUAUCAAGAUUCUUACGGGACUUUUACCAUCAAUGAAUCCAACAUUAUUGAUUCUCCAAGGUUUCCUCAUAGAGGAAUUUUAAUUGAUACAGCCAGACACUAUCUGCCAGUUAAGACUAUUCUUAAAACUCUGGAUGCCAUGGCUUUUAAUAAGUUUAAUGUUCUCCACUGGCACAUGGUUGAUGAUGAGUCUUUCCCUUUUCAGAGCAUCACUUUUCCUGAAUUAAGCAAUAAAGGAAGCUAUCCUUUUUCUCAUGUUUAUACACCAAAUGAUAUUCGAAUGGUAACUCAAUAUGCUCGAUUACGAGGGAUUCGAGUCAUACCAGAGUUUGAUACCCCUGGACAUACGCAAUCUUGGGGAAAAGGUCAAAAAGACCUCCUUACUCCAUGUUAUAAUGGACAAAAGAAGACUGGGACUUUUGGACCUGUAAACCCUGCUCAGGAUACAACUUAUGACUUCCUGUCAAAAUUUUUCAGAGAAAUUAGUAAGGUGUUUCCAGAUCAGUUCAUUCAUUUGGGAGGAGACGAAGUGGAAUUUAAAUGUUGGGCAUCAAAUCCAGAAAUCCGAAAUUUCAUGGUGCAGAAAGGCUUUGGCACAGAUUUUAAAAAACUACAAUCUUUCUAUGUUCAGAAGCUUUUAGAAACUAUUUCAACCACAAACAAGAGCUCCAUAGUCUGGCAAGAGGUUUUUGAUGAUGGCGGGAAGCUUCAGCCAGGCACGGUAGUUGAAGUAUGGAAAAGUGAGAAUUACCCUAUGGAACAACAGCGUGUCACCCAAGCUGGCUUCCCUGUAAUCCUUGCUGCUCCUUGGUACUUAGAUUUGAUUAGUUAUGGACAAGAUUGGAGAAAAUACUAUGUAGUGGAACCUCUUGAUUUUCCUGGUACUGAAGAACAGAAAAAACUCAUCAUCGGUGGAGAAGCUUGUCUUUGGGGAGAAUAUGUGGAUGCAACUAACCUCACUCCAAGAUUAUGGCCUCGGGCAAGUGCUGUUGGUGAGAGACUCUGGAGUAACAAAGAAGUCAAAGAUAUAUUUGAUGCCUAUGACAGACUAAGAAGGCACCGCUGCAGAAUGGUCAGACGUGGAAUAGCUGCAGAACCUCUUUUCACUGGAUACUGUGAGCAUGAGAACAAAAUGCAAUAGUGAGUCUUAAAGAAGAAAACUAGGAGGGGGGAAAAAGACCACAGCAGUCUAUACUACAAUCAACUUGGUUUUGAAAUCAUGUAAAUUAAGAUUUGUUAGUCUGUUUUUGAAAUAAAACAUAUCUUUCCAUUGAAUAAACAUUAGAUCAGAAGAAUGGCACCUUUCUUUAGAGAAGCUUGGGGGAAAAAAAAAAAAACCCAAAACCUUGUGAUACCAUUCCAUAUAUUCCAAAGGGCUGAGUCUUUACUAGCUAUGGUAGUAACUUCAUAGAUACACAACAUAGUUCAGGUACAUUUACUUCCAACACCAAAAGUGCAUUUCUCAUUUCAUAAAUUUUAAUGGGCAGCUCCAGUACCAUUGUCAGUUUUCAGGUGACAUCUUUUAUCUUGUUCUCUGAAUGUGCUGAAUUGGUAAUUCAUUUGUCCAAUAAAUAAAGCAAUAAAAAGUCUUCUUACUGAAAAGUAGGUGAGUGCUCCCGAAUUUCUCUCCAUCUCCAAGGACCUAAAAUACUUAGGUCAGGCCACUUCUCUGGUUGAGCAGUAUACUUUGGUCCUGAGGAUUCAUAGCUUGAUAACUAGAGAGUUCUAAGGCAAAAGUAGCUGAGCCUGAUGUUAGCGUUCGAAGCACAGUUGAAUAACCCUAAUCAAAAAUAACUGAAGUGACUUAUUUCAUCAAAUUUAAGCCCCAAGUUUUUCUUCAUGCUGCUAAUCUUUUGACCAUUAUCCAGGUGUUACUCAUGUGGCUUAGCCAUAUCACUUCCUUCAUUUAACCUUUUUGUUUUUUUUUUUUUGCAGUGAAAAUUGGAUAUAAAAAUAUUGUGAAGGACAGAUACGUAGUAUAGAUGUGCUUUAGAUUAUUUUCUGGUCCUGGCAUUUGAUAAGAUGAUGUCCUUCCUACUACUCAGAUGCCUGUCACAGAGUAGAAGAGGCUGACAGAGAACUACGACACUUGCCUUAAAAGUGACACUGGUAGAAGUAGAAGUAGAGGCUUGGAAGGGGAAAAAAAUGGUGAUUAAGGCUGGUGCAACACUCUGAUUCAGACUGGAAAUAAGCCUCUAAAGUACUACAACCCACCAGAUUUUCCCAACAAUUUAAAUCCAAAGUCAUAAUGGUUCAAAGACUAACCUACCAAUUGGCAUCUAUCGGUGUGCCUCUACCCUACCUCAUGGCCAAUGAGUUAUUGCUCAAUAAGAACAGUUCACCUGGGUUUACUGGAAUCUACACUUUCCCAGGAAACCCACUAGUCUUCAGAUAAUCCAGGCAACAUUAUAAAUGACAAAUCUGAAUUUUAGAGUGAAUGGCAAAAUCAUUAUUUGUUAGGAAAGUAAAUAAACUCUAUUGUUUUCUGUUGGAAAGUGACAUGAAUCAUUCCAUUAUAAAAUUCUGUACUGAUUAUUCUUUAUUGUGUUAUUAAUCAUUCCUUUUAUCUCAGAAAAUUGUUUUUAAUUUUGAAGAUGAUAAAACUCCUUGGAGUCUAGCACAUUACUCGUCCCUGCUGGCUGUCCUUAAAUGCUUUUAACAACAAGGGCUAGUUCUGAAUUUUUUUUAAUAUUAUAUUUCUCCAUAUAAUUUACAUCACCUUUUACUGGAAAAAAAAAAUUCCUUCCAGAUUGGGAUAUUAAAACUACACUAUUUCCCUCUGGCCUAUUACUGUAUCUGGUAUUGUCUUUUAAAAAAAUAAGUCAUUGACCUAAGUAUUAAAAAAAGAAAGAAAAAGAAUAUGUACUUUUCAGUCACAAAGUACCUACCAUAAUUUCUGCUAAAGGAACAAAUGCAAUAAUGACUUUGUUAUCUUGGCGAGUCUGGAUUUCCUGAAUGUUCCCUCUUCUUUGUGCCAGAUCUGCUAGGACAGGGCUGAGGUAAUCCGUAGUUACUGUAACCUCGAGAUUCAUCAGAGGCUCUAAAACUUGCUUAUCAGCUUUCUUCAAAGCCUAACAAAAUUAAAGAAUGUUAACUGUUAAUUGUUUCCCACUGAAUUAGAAAUUAAAAAAUUAAACUUCUAUAAAGAAACAAACAACUUACAAACUUAAAUACUGCCCUUACUCUUAAGUCUGAGGCCUCAAGCAAAAAGACAUGAGCUUGCUUUAACUCUUAUUCAGAUAACAUUUUAUAAGAAGAAAAGAACUUCAAUAUUUCCUUGUACAUGUGUGAUACAGUAUGUCUAAUAUUUCUUGCAUGGUAUGUCACAAGAGGGUACUUAAUAAAGCCUGUUUAUGCAUAGCG